UGUUGUUGUUGUUGUUGCGGCUUUGCAACUGGAAAGGAUCCAGGAGCGGGUCGUGCUCGGCGUGAUGGCCCAGUUUUCUUCGGAUCACCGACUGGAUCGCCUCCUCGAGCGCCGUGGCACUGAAGAUCUCAGGGCUGCCCUUUUUCCGCUGGCCAAAGACAGCCUUGCUCAGUCUCUCGUAUUCAUGGAUGCAUUCAUCCACCGACAUGCGCAGCCGGCCCAGCAUGAUGGCUAUUAUCCUGUAAAAAGGCCUUCGUCAACCCAAGCCCUGCGCAACCCGCUGGCAAUUGUUUUAACUGUAUUAUCAAUGGAGAGGUUCCUCCUACCCGCCCGUGCUGGUGCCGCCGAUGAGGUCGAAAUACUCGCAGGGCUUCAGCUGUUCCCGAGGAGGAUUCAUUGCCGCGCCGACUUCUCGCAUGAUCUUCUUCAGGAUCAGGAGGCUUGAGAGACCGCGCACACCGCCGCCAUCUGGGAAGAUCAAACAUCGUCAGCACCAUGGCUUGGGAAUCAAAAAAAUGGGCAACUUGCAGCACAACUGACCCAGGCUUAGCAGUUUGAGCUGCCCAUCACUGCCACUGGCACUGGCAGUGACAUCCCCUGUAGCGGUGUUGCCCGCCAUGCCGGGCGCUCUUCUCGCUUACUGAUUGACGCUUGGAGGCAACCCGCCCCCCACUAAGGACUCAAUUUCUGGGUAAGACGACAAGUAACUGCGACAAAAUGUCGAGGUACUGUUCAGAAAGAAGGUCUUCUCGAUGCCAGACUUGCAAGAUGAAGAACACUCUGAAACCCAUCGAUCAGGCUGGACUCUGCCUCCUGAGCGCCCCCUCGCCCUUUGCAAAACUGACUGCAGUGUGUGGCUUGCGCUAAGCUCAAUCUGAGCAGCGUUCAACGAAGCCGUGAGAUGUCGUUCAGCCUGAUCGUCCCAUCCGUCUGUCUUCCGCUGCAAUGCGAACCAUUGUGACCUGGUAUCCAGGCAAAUUUCAGGUUACUAGUAUCGCAACGGCGCAGAAAAGGCCAGAAUGACCUUCCAGAUGGGUUCGGUCGGUAUUUCGACCAAAGUACUUUUCCACGAUCUAUAUCGAGUUCGAGAAUCGCUCCAAGUGCUGCCGACAACGGCUGGCGAGAUCGCCGUCAUCGCAGUGCAGAUCGGCGCCCUACAAGAAGACUCCCUCGAAGUCACACUGUGCCAGUCCCUCGAGACGUUCUGCUCCAGCUGCACCAAAGAAGACGAACAGAGACUGGCGGAGACAGUCCAAAGAGCCACCUUGGUCUUGUAUACUCUGCGCAGCCUGUCCGAAGAGGCGGCACAAAAGACACAAUGGUCGGACAAUGCACGGAUACAGUUCGAAGAUAGCUGGACGCUGCUGUGCGCACGAAUCGAGGAGAUCGCCAACAUGGCUAUUGUGGACGAAGAGGAUCGCAUGACGUUUCUGGGAUUUCGAGGGUUGCGAAGGAAUGAGCAAAUACUUGUCUCGACGCGGUCAGCGCGACCACAUCGCUGGUCCGGAGACUCGUCUACGAAAAGCAGCGAGCAGACCGCCGAGACCCUAGAGACCCUGGACGACAUGUCGUACGACAAACUCCGGCAGGGCACCUGGGCAUUUGAACACAGCCAGAUCAACUCGUCGACUUCCGAGGCCAAGGGCACCUCGUCAACCUCUCUACUGAAGCGAGCCCUUCAUUUCAGAUUACGACGUGCCCCCGAGCCGGUUGAGGAGAAAAAGGAUCAGCCGACGCCUCGAUUGCUUGUUCCUGAUCUGACCGGCGCGACUUGGAAAUCUCGCGAGACCGUUUUCACCCUCCCGUCGACGUACGAUGAAGAGCCUGUGCCGCCCAAGCCUGUCUUUCCUGCAGCUCGUACAGGGCCGUCCGGCACUCCAAAGCCUCCCAAUCUGGGCCGCAACGACAUGGUCAGCGGAAAGGCAACGGACGCCCCCACUAGGGGCCUCCUGGCUGCUCUUCACAGAGCUUCUGCACAGUCGAGCAUUGUACCGGGGUUAUCAUUGAACUCUAGCCCACUAUCUAUGAGUACCGAUAACAGCACCAGCAGCAGCAGCAAAGUUACAGCCGGUCACGCCCAUCGGGCUGCCCAAUCAGCCCGAGCAGAAACGGCAACGGCAACUGUGAAGGCCAAAGGCAAAGCCAAAGCACUUUCGCCGGCCCCAUCGGAUAAACUGAACGUCAAGUUCGAGAGACGAGCCGAUGGCAAAAUCGUCAUUGACGAAGAAGACGCCGUUAAGAUCCAGUCGCUUCUCGACCCAGAUCAGUUGUCCGUGACCGGAUCUGGUGGCGCCCGCCCACGACGACCACCACAACCUUCGAGGACUACUACAGCCACAACGGCAACAUCAGCGUCGACAUCCACAUCAACGGGUGCUACAGCUUCACCUGCUAGUCCGACAGAGGCUCCGCGACUUAGAGGUGGGGGCAGCAACUGGCAAGAAAAACGAUAUAAACGCAUGGUCAAAUCGCCGAGUGUGCUUUCGACCGCCUCGACCGUCGAUCUCGUCGAAGCAGACUCUCCUCCGUCUGCUACUCCUGCCGCUGCCGCCGCUGCUGCUGGACAGAGCGCCGACGCCGAGAAGAAGAUACUACAGGCUCAGAUCGACGAACAACAACGACGAGAACAAAACCCACUUUCCCUUCGCUUUCCAUCCUAUACGCCAGUCCCGCCGACCUCAUCGAGCACCGCACUCGUCCAUCUCCCUGCCCCGGCGUACACGGCUCCUUCGCCUCAAUUCCAGCAGUCAUCUCUUAUGCUCCGUCCACCACUACCGGCGCCGCAACCGCUUCUUCCAAUGGCGAGGCCGCCGCCUUUCCCUCCUCCCGGGCCUGCCAAUAUAUACGUGAUGGAAAGAAAAGGUGGGCUGGUCUCUCGCGCAGUGGACCUGUUGAUCGAUGUCUGUGAUGAGAUAGUCGGUGGUGGUCCGGGGGGUCCUCCGGACGUUGUUUGUGUUCAUGGGAUCUUGCAUUCGGUCAAUCAUGUUUGGUGUCCUUGUUGUCCUUAUAUACCGCACAAUUUGGCAUAGACUACCUAUAUUUACAUAUGUACGUGAAUGAGAAAUUCCCAGAUUGGAUAGACUUGGCCAACUGUUACGUUACAAGGCAUUCUGGAGUCCGGCAAAAAGGUGGAAGGUAAUGGACAUUGGUAGCAUGAGAGACUAUCUCCUCAAUACCCAAAGCAACAUUCAGGCACA